AUGGCUUUAGGAAGGAAAAAUGCGGUGAGUUUAUUUGUAAUUUCCUGUUAUUUGAGAAUUAAAUCAAUUCAGUCAAUGAGAAUCGUAGGUAAAUUUAGAUGGUGGCGUUCCACGUAAAGAUAAAUGGAAGGAAUCCAAGUGAUAUAUAGCAUGUCACUCGAACGACGCCGUAAAGGUCAUAUUUUCUUUGUGGUAGGCGAGAGAUUCAUGGUGUAAAUGUUUCUCAUAUGCUUAGUUUUCGUAAGCAUAUAAGAUAGUGUGAACACUUAUCUUUUCAGUCCUAAAUUACGACUGCGUGGCACAUCUGCAGGAAAGUUGCAGUCACAAUAUAGUGAACAGUUCUUAAACUGUUUCUCUUAACUCUGAAUUUGAGUGAUUAAGUAUGAGCCUAAAAAACUGCUGCCACUGACAACUGAUGGAACUGUGACCUACUUGGUAAUUAAAAUGCAGUUUUAAGUUUUAAAUGAGGACGUAUUUUGGAACGGAUCAGUAGGAGUAGACAUAUCAAUGCUGGAAUCGUUUAGAAGAUACAAAUCUUUAUUAUGAAAUGUCUUACGAAUAGGUAAACGGUGGUAUAGCUGCCACAAAAGCUAUCACUCAACUGCCGUCUGUUAUGAACAAUACUCUAACUUCCAAAAAGCUACAUUAAGCAUGGUACAUUUAACGCAUACUAGCCUUAGUAUAUUCUCACGAGGGGGUUUGAGUGCAUUUUAGAGUGAAUCAGAUAAAAAUACCCUUCAGUGCUUUGCUGUUUUUCAAACGAUUUAGGGUUGUCUUCUCAGCACUUUUAUUCAAAGACAGAAUAUGGCAGAAAUACACUUGUCUAGGUCUGUCUCUGUUUGUCUGUUUUCGACAUAGAACUUUGCACAAAUGUGCGGAAGUUCAAGUUGCCACACUCCGUGUAGCACGCGAGGCAAGAGAAGAAAGUACAAGAAAAGCAUAAUAGAAACAGUGAGCAGAGGUGUGAGACAAAGGAGUAAUAAAGAAAAACAAAAGUUUCAUUGGAGAUCAUAAGUCACAAGGAGUGGAUGCAUCUUGUCUAGGAGUAACCGGAGUGUUUAUAAUCAAGACAAAUUUCCACAGUUUGAGAAUUUAUCCUGAAAUAAUGGUACAUUUUUUGGAUUAAAUGAAGUAGGAAAUGGUCCACACUGCGUGAGAGCUAAUUUCUAGAUAGGUAGGUAGGGGCGCCUGGGUUUAAACCUAUAAUAAUGAUACCGAGGAAGUGUUUUAUGAAAGGGAUUCGACAAACAGUCACCUUGGGCGUUACAUUUUGCCAUACCCAGUAGUCAUGAGGUAAACAGCGUCGUAGUACUUAGACUUCGUUUCUUAACUUUCUGUAUGUAUGAGUCGGUUCUAGAGGCGUAUACACAUCAGUAACCACACGAAAUUUUAUCUAUAGAUACAGUAAUAGAAAGCCUUCGAAUUAAAAAAGGUGCGUUUGUGUAGUUAGAUGUUAAUUUUCUUACCCGGAAGUACUCUGGAAAAAUCGUGAUCUUCCGUACUGUGCCUGAGAAUGAUUAUUGUUAUCAGUCCACUCAUGAACUACAUUUCUUGAUCCUAAUAGAAGUGAGACGCUACUAUAUCCUUCUUUGAAGGGUGUUGAAGUCUUCUGUGGGUGGUAUAAUAAUGAGCUGUUUCUACUUUAGACUGUCCUCAGAUUCCUGUUAGAACUCAGCUAACUGGGACUCAUUUCUCAGGUAUUAGGCUGCAUGUCACAGUCGCUGGGGGCGGAGCAUGAUUCGAGUACAAGACUUACUGUCUAAAAGCCAAGUGCUGAAGCCAGUGAGUCACAUUUCCACAUUUGGUUAUCUGGAAUAGACUUCUCAUGCAUUCGCAACUGACUGACUGGCUGAAUAGUUUCACGUUGAACUUUGCACAGACGUGCAACAGUUCGAGUCGCCACACUCUAUACAGCACACAAUGCAAGAGAAAAGAGUAGAGAUUCAAAAGAGAUAAUAAACAGAAAUAUGACGCAAAAACAAUAGUAAUGUAGGAGAGAGAUAGUUCUAUCGGUUAUUAUAAAUCACAAAGAGUGAAUGCAUUUGCGCUAUUGCGAAUGACAAUUUUAGCCAUAUCACCAAUUAUCUCCAGCCUUCAUUGGUUUUUACCGUCCCGAGGACUGCGACCAGCAAGUUUACAUCUCCCUACGUGACUGGCCUAAACUAACUGCUGUAGAAUUCAUGGACUGAUGUUAUGUUUUGAUUUGACCACCACUAGCUUUUUUCCAAUCUGAUGUCAGCUAACAUUGGCCGUCGAGAAAAGCGAUGACUAGGAAUGCGUAACCAUCUCGAACGAAGCCUAACUUUAAUAUUACUCACCCUAUUAUACCACCUAACACGCGAGAUAGAACACAGGCACCUAUGAUCAAAGACAGAUAGUCUUUUCAUGUCUUCCAUUCUCAAUGGCCAGGUCUCACAAGCAUAAAGGAGGACGGAGCGGACUGCUGAGGAAUACACGCGCCUUUUGGUCGAUAGCUAGCUGUAUAUCACUUCUACGCCAGAGUGGCGUAAGUUGGCAUUUGUCAAACUAGCCUUCAGUAUCCAUGUUGAGAUUUCAUCAGCGAUUGACCGACUGGCGUUGUCUGAUGCAAAUUCGCAGAUAAGUGAAGUGGUCAACAUGCUCAGCCACCAUUUCACUUCUAUCUAUCUGUAGGCUAGAAGUCAAUGUAAUCCAUACCUGCAGCAUCAUCUUGCAUUUGACGAGUGCGAACUGCAUGCCAAACAUUCGAAGAUUGCUGCUCAAGGUGUUCAGAAGACUCUGCAUGUUGUCAGUAUCUUCGUCUAGAAGGACUAUAUCAUCCGCAUAUUCCAAGUCAACGACCGUGAACAGUGGUAGGUGACAGAAGCGAAAGAGCUGGGAAAGGCAUCAACGAUAGCUAACACCAGACAACCAGGGAAACAAGUGGCGAAGGAAAAUGACUCGUCUUCCACCGGAAGUUAACAGGAUAUUGUUGGUAAAAAACUUACCGUAUAACAUAUCAGCAGAAGAAAUGUAUGAUAUAUUUGGGAAGUAUGGUGCUAUUCGUCAAAUUCGUAUUGGUAACACUCCUGAAACUAAAGGCACUGCUCUGGUUAUUUACGAAGAUAUCUUCGAUGCGAAAAAUGCCUGUGAUCAUCUCAGUGGCUUCAAUGUGUGCAAUCGAUAUCUUGUAGUUUUAUAUUACCAGAGGAAUAAGCAAUUUAAGAAAACUGAUGUUGAUAAGAAGAAGGAAGAAUUAGACCGGCUGAAGGCAAAGUAUGGUUUAAAUACUCCAAAGGUGAAAUAA